AUGGGCUCUGCUGACUCAGGAGGGCAAGCCAGGCCGGCCGCUGUCCUCCGGAGGCAGCGCUACCCCGGCCUCGACCAGUGGGCCGCGCGCUUUCGCAAGCUCACGGAGCGCGAGAAGACUCUGCCCAUCCUCCUCGAGAUGCUCGCCAACGCGCCUCCGGGACCGACCGGUGCGAAGUACGAAAUGCUGAUCGAGCAGUGUUUCGAGGAGAAGCGGCCCGACCUGGCAACCCAGCUCUACGACCACCUCCGCGCCGAGACCACCACCACCCAGGCGGCGGCGCCCGUGCCGCUGGCCGUGUUCGACGUCCUGCUCCAGGGCUACGGCCGCGCGGGUGACCGGCAGCGGCUGGCGCAGGUGCAGCGCGACAUGCGCGAGGUCGGCGUGCGGCCGGGCAUGUCGACCUACACGAUCCUGAUCGACGCGUGGGGCAAGGCGGGCGACCUCCGCCGCAUGUGGCAGGCGUGGGAGGACAUGCGCGAGCAGGGCCUGCGGCCCAACGUGGUGGUCUACACCAGCGUCAUCGCCACCCUGGGCAAGCUGGGCGACGUGGCGGCCAUGGAGCGCACCUUUGCCGAGAUGCAGCGUUCGUCGGGGGACGGGGUCGAGCCCAAUCGGACCACCUACAACGCCAUGGUCCACAGCUACGGCCAGCAGCAGAUGAUGGACAAGAUGGAGGCCCUGGUCGAGCGCAUGCGGGCCGACCCGGGCCUGGGCCUCGAUAACUUCACCCACUCGGCGGUGGUCGCCGCGUGGUCGCGUGCGGGCCGCGUCGACAAGGCGCUGGAGGCCUUCGAUUCGAUCGCGGCGACGGGCGGCCAGCCGAGCCUCCACGCGUGGACCGCGAUCCUGCACAUGCUCGGCACGGCGGGGCGGAGCGACGAGAUGCUGCGCACGCUGGACAAGAUGAAGCGGCUCGGCGUCAAGCCGUCGACGGCGGUCUACAAUACCAUCAUCAACGCGUUCGGCAAGGCCAGGAAUAUUCAUAGCAUGAUGGACACCUUCAAAGCCAUGCGAAGAGAUGGGGUGGCGGCAGACGUGAAGACGUACAACACGCUCAUAGACACCUGGGCCAAAACCGGAAAGGCCGUCGAAGCCGAAAAGUUUUACGUACUCAUGAAGAGGGAAGGGCUACAGCCGACCAUGUACACGAUAGCGAGCCUCAUGGACGCCUACACGCGCGCGGAUCAGUUCGAGAAGGUGCUCCGAUUAAUUUCACGGAUGAAGAAGGAGGGCAGAGCGCCGGACAACGUCGUCUUCAACCUCCUCAUCGACACCUACGGACGGAUGGGCAAACCGGAGGAGGCCGAGAAGGUGCUGUGCGGCGCAAUGAAGGAAUACGGCAUCGCGCUGGAGACCAACAACUUCACUUCGGUCAUCGAGGCGUGGGCGAGAAACGGGAAUUUGGACAAGGCCGAGGAGUGGCUGCACAGGAUGAACACGGACUACGCCACGAAACCGGACAUCAAGACCUUGACCACCCUCCUCUCAUUCUGCAUUCCAGCGGCGGAUGUGAAGAGAGGAAGGCGGGUCAUUCACAUGAUCGAGCAGCACAAGCUGCAGAAGGACAAGCAGGCCAGGGAGACGAUCCGCCAGUUCCACGCCGCCACCAAGCGACCAGACCAAGAAAAGAAGAAUCAGCCCACCUCGCCUUCCACCACCUCACCCGAUCGUUCUUGA